CUCUCUCUCUCUCUCUCUCUCUCCUUCCUUCUAAUCUCCCACUUUUUCUACCACCAACAACGGAAAUGCCAAACACACUAGGAAGAAACCUAAAUCUCUGCUUCACAAAGAUCACACGGCCACUCACUCUCCACUCCCCAGACAACGAUCACAGCCGUCCAUUACCCACCACCGCCGCCGACGCCGCUACCGCCACCACAUCCACGUCAUCAACCUCAUUGAUGAUAAAAAACUUUAACUCCCUCUACGACGACCAGUACAUGUUUGACUCCACCACCUCCAAAUCCCUCAGCUCCUCCUUCGUCUCCUCCUCCGAAAACGAAACCGACGCCCCCGCCCCCGACUUCGCCACCGCUUUCGCCUCCCGCCGCUUCUUCUUCUCCUCCCCAGGCCGCUCCAACUCCAUCGUCGACCAAUCCGCAUCGCCACCGUCGUCCAUUGCCGCCUCGUCAGAGUCCCCCGACCACAAGCUCGUCAACCACAGCGUGGCGGUCCCCACUUUUUCGCCGGACCCUUACCGGGACUUUCGGCGGUCCAUGCAGGAGAUGGUGGAGGCGCGCGAGGGAAUGAAAAACGAGGAGGAGGAGGAGGGCGGGAAGAAGAAAUCAAACUGGGAAUUCUUGCAUGAGCUUCUGCUGUGCUAUCUUGCGCUCAACCCUAAGAGCACCCACAAGUUCAUCAUCGGCGCUUUUGCCGAUCUUCUCGUCAGCCUCAUGCCAUCUCCCGGUGGGGGUGACCGCAGAGAAUUACCCGAGUUUACAGCUGGCGUCUGUGAGAUUUCACGGUGCGUCUGAAAUGAAAUAAAAUAAAUAUAAUAUUGUUGGCUUGUAUGAUAUUUUAAUUAUUAGCAGGAAAUGUAAUAUUUGAAUGUAUCGGCGGUGAUGGGAUAGGAGAAGAACCCAAGAAGUAGGUAGUUUUAUUUUUGUUGUUGUUUUCAAUCACAUCAAACAACUCUAACUCAGUCUUUGUCU